AUGGGUAACUGUAUUCAUACAAACUCGAAGCGACCAAUUCGAGGCUUACCACCCGUUCCCUGUGAAUCGGCAAAUGGAGACUACGCUCAGUGUAAUUAUGGCAACAAAAAUGGCUCAAAUUCGCGGUCCUCAUCGCUAUCCAAGCCCUACGUAACUACCAUUUCAAACGCCAAAAAACGCAAAAUAGUGAUCGCAUUGUACUCGUAUGAGGGCCGGGAUGAGGGAGAGUUGAGCUUUGAAAAGGGCGAAAAACUGAUAAUCCUUAACGAUAAGGAACCGGACUGGUGGCUCGCAAAGAGGAUGACCAGUGAACACAGCGGUUAUAUACCCAUGAAUUUUGUCGUCGAAAAUAUCAUCGAAACCGAAGAUUGGUUUUUUCCGAAAACAUCGCGACGAGAGGCGGAAAAACUACUUUUAUUGGACGACUAUCCGAGGGGCACAUUCCUCAUCAGAAACAGUGAACAGGGAUCAGGGGCUUUUUCACUAUCCAUACGUGACUUUGAUGCCAUGAAACUGGAUCACGUCAAACAUUAUAAGAUCAAAGAGAAAAUGGAUGGACAAUACUAUAUAACCUCUCGGCGCUCAUUUAUCAAACUACAGGAUCUGGUGGCCCACUAUUCACAGUCAUCUAACGGCCUGUGCUGUCGUUUAGAUAAGUCGCCUCCAAAAGGACCCAAAGGUCCCGGUCUUAACUGUCAUCAAGAGAUAUAUAGAAGAGAUCUGCAAUUGAUCCGUGAGUUGGGAGCCGGAAAUUUUGGCAAAGUAUACUACGGACUAUUCCGGGGCGAGACAGAGGUGGCCAUCAAAACACUGAAACCGGGUUCUAUGUCUCCCAAAGCUUUUCUACAGGAGGCGACUAUUAUGCGAAAGUACAGACACGACAAACUGGUUCCUCUUUACGGCGUCUGUUCACUGGAACAGCCGUUGCUUAUCAUCACUGAAUACAUGUGCAACGGAUCACUACUCGACUAUCUUCGUAAUAGUUCUGAAGGCGAGUCAUGUACUGUCAUCGAUCUGAUAGAUAUGGCGGCACAGAUAGCAUCGGGAAUGGCAUAUCUAGAGAGCAUUAAAGUAAUUCACAGAGAUUUGGCCGCCAGAAAUGUUUUGGUCGGUAAAAACAAAGAAGUAAAAGUGGCCGACUUUGGUUUGGCCCGAAUUAUUGAUGAGGACGAAUAUAUUGCAACAAUAGGCGCAAAAUUUCCAAUUAAAUGGACGUCACCCGAAGCGGCCAAUAAGGGAAGGUUUACGAGUAAGUCCGAUGUCUGGUCGUUCGGCAUAUUGCUCUACGAACUGAUGACCAAAGGAGGCAUACCAUAUCCAGGGAUGACUCACAAGGAUGUGUUAGAGCAAGUCGACAGGGGCUAUAGGAUGCCCCAACCCACGCAUGGUGACUGUCCUAAUACUAUAUAUCAGAUUAUGUUGGAGUGUUGGCAUCGAGACCCUGAUAAGAGACCUACAUUUGAAUAUUUAUAUAAUUAUUUUGACGACUUUUUUGUGGCCAACGAACCGCGCUAUAAGGAUGCCGAUGAGGUCAGGUUUUGA